AUGGCCGAAGAGUUCUUUGAAUCCGAGGUUGUCUUCUCCGACCACCAUCGAUCUCCGCUCAACGACUACUGGGAGGUGGUGGCGCCGCCGCAGCCGCAGCAGCAUCAGCAGCAGCAAAAUUCGCGUGGCGGCAAGUCGUGGAUGAGGAGUGGUGAGGGUAAAAAGACGGUGAAGAAUUCGGUGCCGGUGAAUAUCCCGGAGAGGAUGCCGCGCUGGUUGGGUUUCGGCGAGGAGGAGGAGGAGGGUAUGGUGCCGCCGCACGUGAUCGUGGGACGGAGGAUCGACGGGAAAAUGGCGUCGUCGGUGUGCACGGGGAACGGGAGAACAUUGAAGGGACGUGAUUUGAGCCAGGUCCGAAAUUCGAUUCUUAGGUUGACUGGGUUUCUGGAGGUGUGA